UGUUAACUACGCGGCUCGGACUCCGGAGUCUAAGGCUCUCGAACUUCUCGAAGCCAUAUGCUUGAGCUUGAUGCGGCGGCCAGCAGGUGAUGUUAUUAAUUGAUGCGGCACACACGGUGACCACGACCGCAAUCCCCUUUUGAUCACAACUAACCAUCAGAUCAUCGUCAAGUACUGAUUUUGCAGCUGUGCCACGCACGAUCACCGCGGCGGAGUACAUACAGGCUCACUGAGUCUGAGAUUAAAGCGCCUCAAAGCCUUUACUACUCGGCUACCACGAGCUUCUUAAUAGAUAGUGCCUGGGCACUUUGGUUGGUAGUCCGACAGGCAAUCUAAGUAUUCACGGAGACCGGUUUUGUGGCAGUGUGUGGGAGACGCGUAUUAUGAGAACGGGUGGAGACUCUUUAGAAACCGUGUUAAGUUCCGGCAUUAUUAUCUGGACUGCCACUGAUCAACCAUUUGACAUUGUCAAAUGGCCUCCACUUCAUCUGCAUGUCUCCGUGGUCUUUCCCGUCGUGUGCGAGCUACUCCGAGAUUAUUAACGAAAAAACCAUUGCAGGCCGCCACCUACUCGCUUUUGAGGCCUCAACAGCCAGCCCAACGCUUGUGGGUGCCGAACAAGCGGGUUCUUGCUACCAGAGGGUUGAAGACGCUCGACUUCGCUGGCUCGAAAGAAGUCGUGUACGAGCGCAGUGAUUGGCCUCUGGCUAAACUUCAGCACUACUUCAAAAACGACACGCUCGCCCUCAUUGGCUAUGGUUCACAAGGACAUGGUCAAGGCUUGAAUGCUCGUGACAACGGUCUUGAUGUGAUCAUUGGUGUCCGCAAGGACGGAGAAAGUUGGAGACAGGCAGUGGAGGAUGGAUGGGUACCCGGAGAAUCACUCUUUUCCAUUGAGGAAGCGAUUGGCAGGGGCACAAUCAUCAUGAAUUUACUCUCAGAUGCAGCACAGUCAUCAACGUGGUCCCAGAUCUCGCCUCUGCUCACGAAGGGCAAAACGCUCUACUUCUCGCAUGGGUUUUCAGUUGUGUACAAAGACGAUACCAAGGUGAUUCCUCCACAGGAUGUCGACGUUAUCCUAGUGGCACCCAAAGGGUCUGGUCGCACUGUCCGAACCCUGUUCAAGGAGGGCCGAGGCAUCAACUCCAGUGUCGCCGUUUUUCAAGACAUAACUGGCAAAGCGAUGGAGAAGGCUGUUGCUAUAGGUGUCGCUAUUGGCUCUGGCUACAUGUACGAGACAACCUUUGAGAAAGAGGUGUUCUCUGAUCUCACUGGUGAACGUGGUGUGCUCGCAGCUGCAAUCCAGGGCUUAUUCUGCGCACAAUACAAGGUGCUCCGUGCUAACGGCCACUCACCUUCAGAAGCAUUCAAUGAAACCGUUGAGGAAGCUACCCAAUCUCUCUAUCCUCUGAUCGGACAAAAGGGCAUGGAUUACAUGUUCAACGCCUGCUCCACCACUGCCCGACGAGGGGCCCUUGACUGGGCGCCGGUCUUUGAGAAAACAAAUCGUCCGGUUUUCGAGAAGCUUUAUGAAAGCGUAAAGAAUGGCACGGAGACGCGCAGGGCACUCGAAUUUAACGGGCGUGCCACUUACCGGGAAGACUUGGCCAAAGAGCUGAAAGAGAUUGACGAGCAGGAAAUCUGGAGAGUCGGAAAGGUCGUCCGUUCGUUGCGGCCCGACUACAACCAGACUGUUGAGCGGUAUUAAAACACAGUCCUGCUGUUUAGCGUCGUACAAUGCGCACUUAUGUCUGGCAGUCGAUCCCAAAUUACACACGACAGAAGUGAUUCUGUCGGAUCCACGUGAGAGCACCGAGGCCUUGAGUACUUCCAGAAAGCACGGACUCGUACGCAGGGAAACCCCAAGCUUUGAUACAAGGGACAACUAUCUUCCUUCGAUGGUA